AUGGAGAGCAUCAAGGAAUACAAGGGCAGCAAGAUUACGUCGGAGGAUAUCAAUAAGCUACUGAGGGAGGCGGCCCGCAACAUAGAGGAGAAGACAAGCAGGGAGAAACGUGCAGAGGAGGAGAUGAGGAAAAGCGGAAACGACAAGGCAAAUAACAACAAAGGACAUAGCAGGAAAAGGGAAGCGGAGCGGGGCGAGGGUUCAGCCGGAGAGCCAAAAAAGGGAAGAGGACUUGAGGAUAAACGGGAAGAGGAGGAAGAGCUUGCUCUAAUGGAGGCGGUCGAGGCAGCGGAAGCCUCCAUGUGCGAACUAGAAGAGGAUAUGGAAUGGGAGGAUGAAUUCAACCAAGGCUGGACAGAGCCUAUAGGAAGCUCAACGCCGCAAACGAGCGAGUACGAAGAAACGAAAAGGGGAAAAGGCGAGCAAGGUAAGGCAAAAAGGAAGCUGCCGCUGGUCUUAGAGGACAGAAUAGUCGGUGCUAAAAGUGAAGAUUUGAAGCUGCAACCAGUAGUUAAGCUGGCCCGACUAGCAGGGGAGGAAGGAAGAAAUGGAGGAAAGAACGGGAACAAGAAGAGUGAAGGACAACAGAGCCAAAAGGAGGGGAAGAAAGAAGGAGAUGAAACAGGGAGCGGACGAGACGAGGAGGAGCACGAAAUUUGGAAAAUAGUAAAGAAGGUAAGAGAAGAGAAAAGAAGGAUGGAGGAGAAGCGCAAGGAGCAGAAGAGCAGCGGAGAAGGGGGUCAAGCUGACGAGAGGAAAAAUGGAGGCGAAAACGGAGGGAACAAAGACAGGGUGAGGACAGGCGCGAAAGAAAGGAGGGAGGAGACAAGAAGCGAGGAGCUACCAAGAAAGGAAGGAUUGAACAAGGGCAAAAGGGGUGAAGGAUACAGGAGUGAUGUAGUCAUCUUGGUGCAAUACCCGAGAGAGGAGGUGGACUACUGGAGUGCCAUCAGAUGGCUCAAAACAAAGAUACACACCUUCACGGAAGGACUCAAGGAAAUAAGGGAAACAAGGAAAGGAGAUAUUAUUAUUAUUCUGCAGAGAGGUAAGGUGGGCAGCACAAACACCGGCAAGGAAUGCGCUGAAGCAAUUAACAGGGAAGGUAAUGGAAAGUGGAUAGCGCAGAUUCACACUGAUAGAGUUGAGGUGGCAGUAAAGAUCUCUGACCCGGACCUAGAGAGGGAUGAACUCAUGGAGGCAUUCAAGAAAGGCGGACUGGAAGAUCUGGUGGAGAAAGGAAAAAUCUGCUUUAAACACAUAGGGGGCAGACAAGGAACAUGCCACCGCACCGCCUUUCUUGAAUGCACCAGAGCGGCAGCAAAGCGACUCACGCAGGAGAAAAGUCUAAGAACCAAGUGGCAGGAACUCAGACUCUACUUCCCAAGAAGGAAGCAGGAAGAAAGCGCGAGAGGGAAAGAUAGGACAAGAGGGAACGAAGCGCGCGAAAACAGUGAGAAACGGCAGCCCAAACCCGGAACCAGCAAGGAUCCUUGGUGA